AUGGCAGACCGUCUGGCCCAAGUCGGGUCGCACCUUACUCAAUUGUCUAUCGUGCACGGAGGCUACGAACCAGCCUUGCUUGAAGAGACACUGGGUGACAACUUGCGCAGGACAGCAGCGCGCCAUGGGAGCAGGACUGCUGUCAUCUCCCACUGGCAGGACAAGCGGCUGACUUUUGCACAACUCGACCAUGAAUCAGACGUCCUGGCUCGAUCUCUCUCGCAGCGUGGUGUCGGUCGCGGAGACCGAGUUGCCAUCUUUGCCGGCAAUUGUAUUGAGUAUGUCGUCAUGCUCUACGGUACUGCAAAAGUAGGAGCCAUCUUGGUAGUGUGCAAUCCGCAGUAUACCGAGCACGAGCUUCUAAGGGCCAUCCUCGGCGUUGACGUCAAAAUGCUGGUCAUUGCGCUGACUCUGGGUGAGCGUUCAUUCAAGUCACACAUAGAGCUCCUUCGAAAAGAGCUCAAUUUGCCCUUGGUACUACUUCCAAAAGUGGGUCAGGCGACAGAGGGCAUGCCAGUCUUCUCUGAUGUGCUCGAAGAAGGUCGGAGCAGCAGUCUCGAUGUCAAAGCCAUCCAACUUGACUGCAACGACAUUGUCAACAUUCAAUUCACAAGCGGCACUACAUCAGCCCCAAAGCCUGCGUGUCUGACGCACCGAAAUAUUCUCAAUAAUGGCCGUUUCAUUGGUGACCGGAUGAAACUCACAGAGCAGGACAUAUUGUGUGUGCCUGUACCACUUUUUCACUGCUUCGGCCUUGUCCUGGGCAAUCUGGCUGCAUUCACACAUGCUACUGCAGUCGUGUAUCCAACAGAAGUAUUCAACGCACGAUCCGUUCUCGAAUGCGUGCAAAAAUACCGUUGCACCGCACUGCAUGGUGUGCCAACCAUGUUCAUCACUGAGCUUGAGCUGCUUGAGAAGGAGUCCUUCGAUCUCAAAUCUCUUCGAACAGGUAUCGCAGCUGGGACCGUGGUCAAUGCAGGCAUCAUGUCUCGUAUUCACAAACACUUGCACAUCUCCAACUUGACCAUCACCUACGGCAUGACAGAAACAAGUCCUGGCUCAUUCAUGUCCUCUGCCGAUGAUCCAAUGGAGAAGCGAACCACGACUGUUGGCACGUGUAUGCCUUGGACGACACUCAAGGUUGUCGACGAAUCGGGAAAGAUUGUUCCAAGGGGCACACCCGGCGAGGUUUACGUCGCUGGCUACCUCUUGCAAAAAUGCUACUGGAACGAUCCCAAGGCGACGGAGGCGUGCCUGGAGACAGACGAGAAUGGCACUGUUUUCAUGAAGACGGGUGAUAUCGGUCUAAUGGACAAUGAAGGCUACCUCAGCAUCCCUGGACGCAUCAAGGAUACCAUCAUUCGAGGCGGCGAGAACAUCAGUCCAUCUGAAGUUGAAGAUCAACUUGCGGCGCAUCCCAGCAUUAGCGACGUCUCAGUGGUGGCUGUUCACAGCGAACGAUACGGCGAUGUGGUCGGUGCAUUCAUCAAAGUGCUACCAGGCAAGCCUGAUCCAACACUUGAGGACAUUCAAAACUUUGCUCGCGAACGCAUGGCUCGCUACAAAGUACCGGCACAUAUCUUUAUCAUGGGCAAAGAAGGUCUUGCUGAUGACUUCCCAAAGACUGGGUCGGGCAAGGUGCGCAAGGUGGAGUUGAGAGAUAUGGCCAAUGAUGUGGUAAAGAAGCGUAGCUCUUUGUAG